AUGUAUUAAGACUCAAGUAAAAAUUAAAGCUUUUUAGAGAAAGUUGACAUUUUUGGAAUAAGCAUAGCUAUAAGAUUUAGCCAUUUACCUAGGCAUAAUACUCGCUUUGGUGGAUUAAUAACUAUUUCCAUAUUAGCUAUCAUUUUAUUUUAGCUCAUAUAAACUCUAAUAAACAUCUUUACUUAUAAUUCUCCCUAAGUAAUAUAAUCAGAUGAUUAUGUAUUUGAGCCAGAGCCUUUUGAAAUAACACCAAAGACAUUUAACCUAGCGAUGGGACUUUAAGAUGAAAAUUUCAACUAGUUUUAUGAUGAAAAAAUAUACCAGGUUAAAGCGACUUAAUAAACGCUGCAAAAAGUAUUUAAUUCUACUUCUAAUUAAUAUGAUCCUAUUUGGACUUACGAAACUUUGAAUAUAUCAACAUGCUCAUAAAAUAACUUUCAAAUCUAAGAAAUCAAAAGUUAUUUUCUUGGUAUUUCUUAUCCAGUCAUGUAUUGUUUCGAUGUAAAUGAAGAUAGAGCCAAAAUUUAAGGUGAAUUUUCUGCUAAUAUCUAUAAAGCUAUAGAAAUUGAUUUUAUAGAGUGUGUAGAUAAAGAUUACUGUGCAUCAGCUGAAGAGAAGGCAAAAUAUCUAACAAACCCAACACUAGGGUUGUUCUUUUCUAACAAAAUUGUAUAGAUUCAAAAUAAGGACAAUCCAUACAAUUCUGUAGGAAAAAAUCUAUACUGGCUUAGUGGUCCUUCUUUUUAAAAAUACAUUACAUUAAACCUAAUGAAUGCAUACAUUAACUCUGAUUUUUCUUUGUUUGGUACUUCAAAGUCUACUUAAAGGAUAGUUUAAUUUAGUUCUUACUAAGAACAGGUAGUCCCAAGAACAAAUCCAGUAAUGUUCAGACUUUUAUUAGUCUAUGAAAAAAAUAGAGAAGUGAAUUACUAUAGAAAAUAUAUUAAAAUAGAUUAGGCAUUUUCUUAGAUUGGAGGUAUGUUUAAUCUUCUAUUAACGAUCGGAUUUUUAAUUUGCAAACCUAUUUCUUAGUUAGAGUUAAAUAGAAAGCUACUAAACUCUAUUUUCAACAUAAGUGACGGGAAAAAUAAAGAAGAUCAAACAAAUAUUAACCAAAGAAAAAGUAUGGACUAAAAAAAAAUUUCUUUUAUAGAAGAGCCUGUUCUUAAAAUUCAUGAAAUAGAUAAAUAAAAAGAAAACCUAACCUAAAAUAUCAAAAAUAAUUUGGAAAAUUAGUAAACAUUAGAAAUUUAAGAAUAAAUAAAAGAGUUUAAUCCUAAAAAUAGAAUAUAGUAAACUAAAAGAGAGGAAGUUAAGUUUUGUUAUUUUGAUAAUGAAGAGAAGACUUAACUUGAAAGGGCAUAUGAUGCUUAAAAAGCUUUCAAUAUCAUUAUAAAUGAGUAAAAAAAAUCUAAAUUAGAUGAAAAACUAAUUAGAAUGCUAGAUACUAAACUAAUUAACUUAUUUGCUGACAAUUCAUUUGAUGCAAACUCUGCUAAAGAAACUGAAGAUCCCAACAAGCAUUCAGAAAACAAAGAUUUCGAAAAUUUGAACAUAUCUAUUCUGACAAGAGCUAAAAAGAAGAGUAUUUUUAACAAUAAAUAAGCAACUAAGAAAUCAUAUAGAGAAGAAGUAUUAAAAUUAGAUUAUUCUUCAGAAAUGUAAGAACAAUAGUUUUAGAAAUUGAAUAAAUUUCAAAGCGUUCUUUACAAUUGCGAUGAAUAAGAAGAGGAGUAGUAAUAAUGUUAAAUAGAAUAUGAUAAAAAUGAAGCAAAAACAGAUGAUUUAUAGGUGAAAAAAACUAUUAAACCAAAAAUACCAUACCACUAGGAAAUUUCUUUUAAGAUUUUACAAAAAUAAUUGGAUGAUGAUUGA